AUGGAGGAACAGCAAUCUGAAGGGCAUCCAGUGAGUGACAAUGAAGAGAAACCAGUGCAGCCCACCAAUGCAGAUGUAACAGUAACCAAAUCACCCAGGAAAGGAAAAAGGACUGCCAAAAGAAAGAGCAUUGCUCAACCCAAGGAAAAGCAAACGGUUGAUCCUUCCGGGGAUCAGCAGAAUGUAGAAAAAACUGCUGAGGAACAUGGAAAAAGAAAGCGUCCUGAGCAGCCUGAGACCCACACUGCUACUGAACCCACUUCUCUACCCAAGUUCAUCGACGAUGAAGCCAGAGAAAGGAAAGGUAAAUCACAUACUGAUCUUAUUUCUCGUGUCAACUCUGUUAACAUUGAACUGAACCUUGACAUUGUUAACUCUGUUUUGGAAACCAAAAUUGAAAGUGAUGGCUUGAUGAUGACCAUGACUUCUGAUCAACAAGCCACCUUCGUUGCCAAAAGGAAUCUGCUCGUACCUCCUAUUCCUCCAGAAAAUGAAAAUGCACAGCGAAAGGAGCCUAGAAUUGAGCCAACCACUGAAACUACCCCAGAAUACCGUGCCUCCAGUUCUCAACCACAGGACAAGGGAAAAACUCUGGCAACUGAAGAAGAAACUGAAGAGGAGAAUGAUGAUGAUGAGGAUGAGGACACUGAGGAAGAAGACCCUGCUCAGUUUCGUCUGGCUAGAAGAAGGCCUGGAUCCUCCAAAAUCACAUUUUAG